AUGGCCGAGUCCCAGCUCGGCUGCCUGGACGAGGCGCACGUGAACGAGAGGGUGACCGCGGCGCAGGCAGCCUUCUACUACUGCGAGCGGCGGCGGGCCGCGCUCGAGGCGCUGCUGGGCGGCGGCGAGCAGGCCUACCGCGAGCGGGUCAAGGCGGAGCAGCUGCGGGACUUCCUCUCCAGCCAGGAGCGUCAGGCCCUCGGCGCCGCCUGGAGUCCCUACGAAGAAGUCGCCGCCGCCGCCGCCGCCGCCCGGGGCAAGGCCGAGGCCGAGACCCCGACGCAGGCCGCGGCCGAGUCCGGCGAGUCCUUGGCCUACUGGCCCGACCGCUCCGACACCGAGGUGCCCCCGCUGGAGUUGGGCUGGACCGAAGUGGCCUUCUACCGCGGCGUGAGCCGCGUCACCCUCUUCACUCACCCGCCUAAGGAGGAGAAGGCACCCCACCUGAAGCAGGUGGUCCGGCAGAUGAUCCAACAGGCCCAGAAGGUCAUUGCUGUGGUCAUGGACCUCUUCACUGAUGGUGAGAUCUUCCAGGACAUUGUGGAUGCUGCCUCCCAGCGCCGCGUGCCAGUGUACAUCAUCCUGGACGAGGCGGGCGUGAAGUAUUUCCUGGAGAUGUGUCAGGGCCUGAAGCUCGCUGACUUCCGUAUUCGGAACAUCCGUGUCCGCUCUGUGACAGGUGUUGGCUUUUACAUGCCCAUGGGGAAGAUCAAGGGGACCCUGUCAUCCAAGUUCCUAAUGGUAGAUGGUGACAAAGUAGCCACUGGAUCCUACAGAUUCACCUGGAGUUCCUCCCAUGUGGACAGGAACCUUCUCCUCCUCCUGACGGGGCAGAACGUGGAGCCCUUCGACGUGGAGUUCCGGGAGCUGUACGCCAUCUCCGAGGAGGUGGACUUGUACCAGCAGCUGGGCCUGGCAGGAGGCGCUGGCAGGCUGGGCCUCAACUACUCCUCCACCGUGGCUCGCAAGCUUAUCAACCCCAAGUACACCCUGGUGGCAGGCAGCCGCCACCCACCUGGGGAGAUGAUGCGCUGGGCUGCCCGGCAGCAGCGGGAGGCCAGCAGCAAUGCAGAGGGGCAGGAGGAGGGCAGCGAGUCAGCAGGGCGCCUGGAGAGUUUUCUGCACGACCUGGUCACGCUGGAGCAGGUGCUGCCCCCCGUGGAGCCCGUUCCCUCGGGAGAGCUGAGUCAGGAUGGCAGGGUGGUCUCCCACCUGCGUGUGGACCUGAAGCCCAGACUCCGGGAGGCCCUUGCCCGAAGUGGCAGGGGAGAAGCUGCCAAUGGGGAGGCCACCGCGGCCAAGGGGGGCAGGUGCUUCAGCAGUAGGUUCUUCAGCCGGUGGUCCAAGAGGCCCGCAGCGCCCAGUAGCACGGCCAGUGCCCUCUCCCCCGAGGCCUUGGCCGAAGCGGAGUUUAUGAUGGGGAAGAGGCCCAACCAGGGCUCCAGUGGCGACGUCUCAGGUAAAACAAGUUCCAGUCCUGCCAAGGCCAGCAAUUGUGUGAUUUUGUGA